GUACGCCCGCGCGCUUCCGUUCUGGUCUCUCCCCUGAUGACGGGCCGGCCGGCCUCUUGGCUCUUCGUCCCCCUGCCCCUCCCCGCCCGCGGCGGCCUCUCUCGGCUACUACUUAUACAGCCAGCAACCCCCGCCCCCCUCCCUCCAUCUCUGCAACCACCACCAUCGCUUCUGCACCACACCUCUCUUUCUCUCGUACACGACUUGAUCGAGCUCAUCAUCAGCUAGCCGUCGACGUGCUCCGAUCGCCUCGGCGUGUGCGGCAAUGAGCGACCUGAGCUCGGACACCUCGUCCUACUCCUCCUCCCCCUCCAUGUCCUCCAGCUCGCGCAAGAGCGGCAAGAGUAGUAAGCGGCCGCGCCCGGACGACGGCGCCGGCGAGGGCGCGCCGCCGCCUGCGUAUCGCGGCGUGCGGAUGCGGGCGUGGGGCAAGUGGGUGUCGGAGAUCAGGGAGCCCCGCAAGAAGUCGCGCAUCUGGCUCGGCACCUUCCCGUGCCCGGAGAUGGCCGCGCGCGCGCACGACGUCGCCGCGCUCAGCAUCAAGGGCGCGCGCGCCGUGCUCAACUUCCCGGACCUCGCGCCCGCGCUCCCGCGCCCCGCAUCCCUCGCCCCGCGCGACGUCCAGGCCGCCGCCGCGCGCGCCGCGCUCAUGCAGCACAAGCACAGGCAGCAACCCGGUGGCGCCGCCGCCGGCACCGACUCCUCCUCCUCCUCCUCCCCCGUCCUCGCGCCGGCCGCGGCUUGUGCAGCAGCAGCUGCGGCGGCGGACGACGCCCAACGACCAGCUGGCUCCAAUGAUCAUCGCCACGACGAGCCGGAGCCGGAGCCGAGCCCGGAGGAGCGGCAGCCGGCGCAGGUGGAGGUGGCCGAGCUGGUGUUCGACGAGCUGGCGCCGCUCUGGGUGCAGGACGUCGUGGAGUUCGGGCCGUCCGAUCACCCGUGGACGCCCUACGAUGGGCUCGACGCCGUCGGAUUCCUGCCCCUCCUGUGGGAGUACUAGGCUGCUUUGUACGUGGCCUCCCUGUUUUUUUUUUGUUUUCCCUGGCUUGUGUGAUCUUUUUUCCCUCUAAUUGCGUGAUUUCCCUCUUUUUAUCAUUUGAUUUUUUUUGGACUGCGAGUUUGAUGUGAGGUAUAAUAGCUUUGUGAAAAUGUUGAGGCUGAUGUAGAAAAAUGUGAGUUUUACAAGGAUGCAUGUCACAAUCUUAUGGGUUCUCGUCGA